AGUCUGCGCGGGAAGUGGAAAUCGGCGCUGAGGAGAAGCGGCGAGAGGGCCGCCCGGGCGGCGUCAGCUUAGCUCGUCUCUACGCGUUGCUGGGCUCGCGGCCGGUGGUCCGGCCCCUCCGCCGCAGCCGCCAUGUCCAUGAAGGGCCGCUUCCCGAUACUCCGCACCCUGCAGUACCUGGGCCAGGGGGACAUAGUGUUCAAGGAGUCGGUGAAGGUCAUGACGGUGAACUACAAUACGCACGGGGAGUUGGGCGAGGGCGCCAGGAAAUUCGUGUUUUUCAACAUACCUCAGAUCCAGUAUAAGAACCCCUGGGUACAGAUCAUGAUGUUUAAGAACAUGACGCCAACACCCUUCCUGCGGUUCUAUUUAGAUUCCGGGGAGCAAGUCCUUGUGGACGUGGAGACCAAGAGCAAUAAGGAGAUCAUGGAGCACAUCAAAAAGAUUCUGGGGAAGAAUGAGAAAGUCUGCGUGGCUUCUGGACACCAUACCAAGGAGUGGCUCCACUGGGAGGACGCAGAGGGGAUGGUCCCGCCAGCAUUUUCGUUAAAGUUUGACAAGAGAGAAUGGACCUGCUGUCAAAGGCUUGAGAUGAUCUGGAGUGGCGAGAAUUCAGGUACCCCCACUAUUCUCCAAAAUUUGCUCCCAAGGCAUGAACGAUAAAUGACAUAAUCAGAUCCAAACAGGAAUUUCCAAGUUGGAGACACUGUUCCCACUGAUUCCCACUAAUGACUUCCAUAAGUGCCGCCGCCAACUGCGGAAUAGAGUCCCAUCUUGCCAUAAGCCCGUGGCGGCAGCCCGGCACCCACCUUGCUCUCCUCAGCUUUACACGGCCGUGGAUGCCUGGAGGCAGGGGAGUGAGUGCACUGGGGUCUUUUGGGGUAUCAUCUGAUCAAAAGGUUCCAGAAAUACAAGUUUAGCCUCACACUGUAUUUUCUUAAUCUGGGCUACACAGAAAGAAAGUACAGGUACCUGAGGCAGCCUUGCUACUUUUCCCAAAUGGAAAUGUGAGCUGCUGCUUCACAACCAGGGGAACUAUGGGCGCUUUUCUCCAACUAAACUUCCCAAUAACCGCAUUCUGUUCUUGUAAACAAUGGUCACUAUCACUUACAAGGAGAAAGAAGAUGAUAACUUUGGGGAUUAAAGGUUGUUUUUAAGGAGCAUGCAGCCUGCUUCUACAUCCAUCAUGUAAAACGCUCCAGAGUUCGUCUGCUGGCACACCGGGGGAACCCAAGUGCGUGGUACGCCAGGAUCAUUGAGAGACCUGCUGACAGAGGUGCUGAGCCUGGAGACACUGAGAAACAUGCCACUCAGCUCCACCACACCUGCUGCCUGGGCAGGCAGCAAGACCCGCACCACAGUCCACCUCCCAGUUCGGACCGAAGUGCAGGAACACAGGCCCUUCCCAAGGGUUAUUUGGGAUGGAAACUGCUGAGAAGGGAGCCCUCGCACUCCUCCACCUGAAAAACAUGCAACCCCCCGCCACACUGUAGUCGGGAGGUCCCGGCAAGGGUUCAGAAUGCUCACCUUGCACUUUUUGGUCAGAACGCUCCAACUGCUGUAAGUGAUGGAGGUGAUUCGUGGAUGUUUUCAGUUGCUGCAGGAAUUGGCAGUUAACAUCUUACUGGUUUAAUCCAAUUCUGAGAACCAGUCACCAGAAGAGGCCCGAGUUCAGAGGAGCCUGCAGAUGCCCGUCACAGACCAGGACCAGAGGUCAGGGAACCUGACAAGCAUCAGCUCUGGCAGAGGAAGCUUCGAAUUCAGGUCACCAUGAUUGUGCCACCACACUCCCCCUGACUGCACGUACAAUAAGCUGCAUCUUCAUUCAUUCCCGGGAAUUUAGCUCUACACCAGCAACAUGUGCGUACAGUUAGGAAUGACGCCUUCCUUCCUUAAGCAUAAAUGAUUGUCUCCUGUAACCCUAUUGCAUUUUCACAGAAAUCAUUAGUAUUUCGGCAAAAGACAUACACAGUUUUCCAUUUGCCCUGCACACAGGCAAGAUGUUGCUAACAUUACACAUUGAUAAGAAGUGCUUAGAAAGUGCUAAUAUCAUUACCCUGGUAAUUAGUAGCUAUUAUUUCCAAGGACGUUUUUAAUAUAUACACACAUACUGUUGUUCUCUUAGGUUCUUUUAGUUUUCUUUAACUAGUCUGACGUUAUAAAACUUUGCUUUUUUUUUGCCCUUUGAGAAUUUCUAAAUAAAAACUGAGUUAAAAGAUUGUUCCAAAAUCUGCUGCUUCAUCAAAAGGCAUUAAAACAUUUCUUAUGGCAGGAAAGGAUCCUACUAGUCUUUUAGUUGCUACUGUCUGGGAUUAACAGAUAAGAAGAAACCAGGUAGGAAAUAGCUAAGAUACUGGAAAUAUUUGCACAUACCAAAAUACCACUACUUAUUUUCUUUGUAUUUGAGCGGUCCUGGGCGGAUCCUGUGCUCCUCGGCAGGUGUGAGGUGUGCGCUAUAGGCUGGCUCCGGUGAUCUGGCCGUUAUACUCUGCUGUCUCCAUCUUGAGGAUGUAGGGGAUUAUGCUGUCUAUUGAAACAUUGCCGAUGAGACCAGUAAAAAAAAGUUCUUCUGUUAUGUUGGAGCUCAUCAGCCUGAGUGCUGGCAGGCGGACGAGAAUCCGGGCCAACCUGUAAGAGGAAGGGUCAUUAGAGAAAGGGGGGUUCGCUGCACUUCAGACUUCACCCUGGAUAGGCUUCCAGGGGCCCUGUCUGCACUGCUCGGAACUGAACCAAACAAACACAUUCACUGUCCCACCCUUGCUUUUCUGAUUUCAACAGUUCCUCUUGUAGGAGUUUAUCAUGAGUGCAAAGAUUAUGUACAGAUACGUUCCCUUCAUUGUUUAUAACGACUCUCCUCAGCCCCACCAAAAUGAAAAAUCUGAAAACCUGUCAGUGGAGGGUAGGUUAAAAUAAAGUAUGGUGCCUCCAUAUAAUGAAUCACUACAUAUUCAUUAAAGAGGAUAAUAAAGGUCUAUAUCCACUGAUAAGAAUUCCAUGACAUACAGCUGAAUAAAAACUUAAAAGAAGGAUGUGAGGGCUUCCCUGGUGGCUCAGCGGUUAAGAAUUCACCUGCCAAUGCAGGGGACAUGGGUUCAAGCCCUGGUCCAGGAAGAUCCCACAUGCUGCAGAGCAACUAAGCCCGUGUGCCACAACUUCUGAGCCUACGUGCCACAACUACUGAAGCCUGCGCGCCUAGAGUCUGUGCUCCGCGACAAGAGAAGUCACCGCAACGAGAAGCCUGCGCACCGCCACGAAGGGUAGCCUCCGCUCACCGCAACUAGAGAAAGCCGGCGCGCAGCAACGAAGACCGAAGGCAGCCAAAAAUAAAAAAUAAAAGAGGAUGUGAAACAGCAAGUACAGCGUGACCUCACUUGCGUAUAUUCCUUUGUACGUAUGUGUGUAAAUAAAGUACUUGGAAGGAUGGUCACCAGAAUGCUAAUGGUUGACCUCUGGGUACUGGGAUUUGAAGUGAUUAUAUCAAUUAAAACUUUUUCUAUAUUGCUCUAA